AUUAAACGAAAUUUAUACCGGGAGUUUGUCUAGUGCAUGUUGUGUGCGACCUUCAAUAAUACCUUUUCGUGUUGCAGGUGAAAGAAAGUCUGCUCCUAACAUUGGUGGAGGACAGCGGAAGAACGGACAAACAUGGCGGAUACGUUGUUCUUCAACCGACCCCAGAGUCGAUACCCUUACUGGGUUAACAUUCCCCCGACUGUCCCGAAAUAUCCUUCGUCACAAGAAAUGUUCAGGCGAAGUGUUCCAGAAAAAUACACGUCUAAAGUUGGCCGCGAGUCCUAUCAGCACUGGACAGACAAAUGGUACGACAAUGGUGAACCAAUGCGCCGCCAGGAGGAGCUACCAAAGGUCGUUGACCGACACGAGCCAUGUCAACGUCCUUGGGAGUACAGAAUGGGCACUUCCGCUAUCCCCAAAUGGUCACGUGAGGGCAAGGACUGGCCAGUCGACGACAGGAAGUACCUAAGAUCAGGUCGACCGGUCACCGAAACUAUGCGAGCCCGGGGCAUGAACCGUCUGAGCGCUCGGGAAGAUAACCUCUACCCGUUCUCAAACUACAUGACCUCUACAUACCGGAAACCUGUAUAUUCCAUAUACGGCCCCCUACAGCGGCCCCAGGUGUACGGCAUCACGCACCAACACAACCAACACGGAUUCAUGCCCUUUGAGGAUUACUAUUAAUAGUGUUGUAUAACUGGUUAAAUAUUUGAUACCAGUUACGUUUGUACAUAAGGUAUAUGCAUAAUGUUUUGUCUUUGAUUGUCAUUCUUUGUAACAGAAGCAGAUUUUUCGUUUUGUAAGCUACUGGUGCUGAAAAUAUAAAAAAUGGUCAUAUGAUCAAAUAUGUUUUGAAAACAAUUAUCUCGUCGCUUUAGUGUUUCCUGAAUGUCCUUUACGAUCAAACAUCUCAGAGCGAGGUCAGUGUAACCAUUGUAGAAGCGUUUGUGUCGGAGGGAAACGUGUCUGGGCCUAGAUUUUCGAAGCUCUCUUAGUCGUAACUUAAUGUUAAUGUAUGGCACUUGACGACUAUCUUAGCGCUCAGAGAGCUUGCGAAAAUCUAGGCCCUGGUUUGUUUGAGGAUGGGUCUUAAGUGUAUCCAGCUGGUGCAGGGAUGGAGAUAGUUGAGUUAUGGGAAAAUACUUUUUGAUAAUUGGAACAAUUUGCGAAGAUUCGUAAUGUAUUCAGUACAUUUAUUUUUGUAAACUCAAACUGCAUCACGUAUGCUUAAUCAUGCUAAGUGUUUAGACAAUACCAUUUUUGGCUUUGUUUUGAAGAGUUCCGAAUAACACUUGAACAACACCAGAGUUUCCCUCAAGGCACUGUAAAUUGGUACAUCCUUUAUUUUAUUUCGUACAAAGGAUUGUAUAUGUAGACAUAGAAAUUUUACAUGUUGUCCUCGAUGCGCCCUUUCCGGGCUGCAAGCUGGAGAGUAGUAGACAGGUUCAGACAGUGUUUUAACUCACUUUUAACAGGACAAGGUGUCACAACUUUGAAUGCAAUACCUGUCGUUACAUACGUUCGCUACCUCAAUGCAUGUCACACUUUGGAUGUAAUGUGUAGUUUGUGUACGUUGUUCAAACUCAGCCCCUUCUCAAUGCUGCGACAUUGGAUGUGUAAAUAACUACCCACUGACAACAGAUCAUGGCACUUGUAUAUAUAAGUCUUUUGGAUGAACUUGUAAAGAAAUAAACCAACAACCUAU